AUGUCAGGCCUUCCAGAAUCCUCCGGCAUAGCAUCCUCGGUUGGGGACCAGAACCCCGCCGUGGAUGUGAAAGUCGGGGUUAAGAAACCUAAGAAGAAGAAGGUUCUACUGAUGGGCAAGAGCGGCUCGGGGAAAUCGAGCAUGCGGAGCAUAAUCUUCAGUAACUACAUUGCCCGCGACACGAGAAGACUAGGCGCCACCAUAGACAUCGACCUCUCCCACGUCAAGUUCCUCGGAAACCUAACCCUCAACCUCUGGGACUGCGGCGGCCAAGAAGCCUUCAUGGAAAACUACCUCUCCCAACAGCGCGUCCACGUCUUCUCCCACGUCGGCGUCCUCAUCUACGUCUUCGACAUCGAGUCUCGCGACGUCGACCGCGACCUAGCGACUUACGUCUCCAUCAUAUCCGCCCUAGUCCAGUUCUCCCCGACCGCCCGCAUCUACAUCCUCAUCCACAAGAUGGACCUUAUCCUCCCUUCCUCCCGCGAGAGCCUCUUCAACGACCGCGUCCACAUGGUCCGACAGAAGACGGCCGAACUAGCCGCUUCGCUGGGCCUCCCCGUCGGCGGCGAGGGCGGUCCCCUCGAGAUCACACCGUUCGCUACUUCGAUCUGGGACCAGAGCUUGUACAAGGCCUGGGCGAGUAUUAUACACGACCUCGUGCCGAACUUAGCCGCUAUCGAGCGUAACCUCGCCAAUCUCGGCGUCGCCAUCGAGGCCGAGGAACUCCUCCUCUUCGAACGAACCUCCUUCCUCGCCGUCUCGUCUUGGACCUCCGAAGCGGGACAGGAUAACCCUACGGAGGACCGUCUCGAACGCAUGUCUAACAUCAUGAAACAGUUCAAGCAGUCCAUAAGCCGUUUCACGGGUACGCCCCGCAACGCGGAGCAGUUUGUCUGCAUGGAACACAAGGCCGGCACCAGGUUCAGCCUCUUUAUCCUCAAGUUUACGACGAAUACCUACCUUAUGGCCGUGUUGCCUCCCGGUGAAGCGAGGUUCAACGCCGCUAUGCUCAAUUGUCGCAUUGCCAUUGAGCACUUUAAGUUCUUGGAUGGUCCAAGUACCCCUGCGGCAUCACGUGUACCGCAAAUAAGUAACUAA